AUGUCACAACUUGUAGAGGUCGGCAAGUUAGAAACACCCAACACGCCUUGUUACCAAGCGGGACAGUUGUUUAUUCACAAACUGUUCGCUUAUCGCGGAGUCAUAGUUCUUCCCUGCAUAGGACAAGUGUUUGAUCUGGAUGUGAACGGCAACUCUGGAGAUACACACUUCAACAUGGAGCGACUGGGUGGCAAGGACGUGAAAUGCUACACAAAAAACUACUACGAAGCUCUUAUAGACAUGCGGGACCGCCCGUUCUGUAGAAUUGUGAACGAAAUGGCAAUUCCUAAACACGCAGCUUCAAAGAACGACAAAAGGUUGAUGUCUUGCCCCGGCUUGGACCACUUGUCUCACGAUGAUAUUAUACCUUACAAAGCUACGGAGCAAGUUCCCUUCAGACACGAGAUGCUCGGGGAGUUCUUCGACUACACUCCUGCAAACGAAAUCUGUUUCGAGCCUAAAGACGUCCUCAAAUCCAGUCUUGGCGUAAACGCAGCUUUUAAUAUGAAAAUCGAUGUUUAUAAAAGAACUAAUGACAAUGUGAAGAUAACGGUGAUACCGACAUAUCUUGGUUACCGAAACACAGAAAGUACGACGACGUACUCGUGGAAUUAUUCGGUGCAGCUAGAAAACAUGUCGGACUCAUCGAUCAGAAUCUUGAAACAGAACUGGAAAGUCACAAGUCUACACGAGACCACGGACGAAGUGUUUUGUAGAGGUGUGAUGGGAGAAGAAGUGACCAUAGACUCUCGUGCGCCAGUGUUUAAAUUCAUCAGUAACGUCAAUCUGCCCACACCGUUUGGACACAUGAUUGGCAAUUUCAAAAUAGAGAAGCAAGAUCUCACAAAAUGUCUGUGCCCUUCUCCUCUAUUUCUGCUUAAGAGUUGUCUAGAGGUUUUGUAA